GUAAACAAACGGCAACAAGGCAGAACGGCAAUAACAAAUCUUGCAGCUGUUGUCGAAUGUCCGGAAGCUUGUUGUCGCUUGUAUUUCGUGGUUUUCCGGUUUUCCGUACCUACUUAUCAUUUCUAUUUACCGGCUCUCGGAUAGAAGAACCUUGUGCUUGCUGUUUUUAAUCCUGGCAGCCCAGAUUGAACGAAAAAGAACCUAUUAAAGUAAUUCAAAGCCAAGCAAGUCUCUCCAGAGACCAGAGUGAGAGGAUUACGAUAAGAUCACUCCUGCAGAGCAAAGAUGUCGACUCUUCAGAUGAUGCGUCCCAAGCAGAGUCAGAUGACUGGCACGUGGUCGUCGGUGUUCCCCGUGGAGCAGGCCACGGCGCAGCAGUCGGCCCAGUUCGUCAAGAAGCUGCUGGCCGUGGCCGUCUCCAACCUGACCUACCUACGCGCCAUCUUCCCGGAGCAGGCCUUCGGCGAGCGCACCCUCGACGGCCUCCAGCUCAAGGUGCUGAGGGACGACGCCGGCUGCCCGGGCGCCUGGCAGAUCACUCAGUGGAUCAAAGCCUGCUUCGACGCACUCGACAAAAAAUACCUGCGGCAGCUGACCGUGGUGCUGUACCUGGACCCGUCCGACCCGGACACCGUCAUCGAGUCCUACACGUUCCGCUUCACCUACUCGUCGUCCGGCGGCGUCAGCAUGCAGCACGGCUCCGACGGCGACGGACAGCCAGCCUCGAUACCGGCGACCGUCACCAGCGAGGAGACCUACAAAGCCACCGUGCGAAUGCUGCGCACUAUCGUGGUGCUAACGCAGACGCUGCGACCACUGCCCGACGACGUCAUGAUGUCCAUGAAGCUGCUCUACUUUGACGAUGUGACGCCGCCCGACUACGAGCCGCCGGGCUUCCGGCCGGCCGAGACCCAUCAGAUCUUCUUCAGUUCCGAGCCCAUCAACGUGCGCGUGGGUGACGUGUGCACUCCGCACCACACGGUCAAACUGCGCCUCAAGACCGACUCAAGUCAGUUCGUGCCGCAGGAGGGCGACGACGAGACCAUCGAACAUGCAACGGUGAAAACCGCUCCGUCUGUGGAGGGCGCAGUACCUCGUGAGCGGGACCAGGAGCGCCCCUCCACCUCCAGCCAGCAGCGUCAGCCGAGGCCCAGGGAGCCGGCCGCCGCCGCGGAGCCGGAGCCCAGUCUGGCCGAGAGUGUGAGCGGCAGGAGCCCCGGCCUGCCCGCGUCUGCGGUAGACACCAGCGGCACGCCGGCCGCCGGCGCGGUGCCUGAAGCCGAGGACGAGCCUCGCGUACUGUGUGUGUGCGGUGUGCACGAGGACGACGGCCUGAUGGUGCUCUGUGAGCUCUGCCACAACUGGCAGCAUGGGAUCUGUUUCCUGGUGCUGAGUGAGGACGAGGCGCCGGCCAGCCACAUUUGUGACACGUGCGCUCUGGCCUCGGGACGACCGUGCACGGAUGCCCGGCUGCCGGCGCUCGCCAGGUCCACACGUAUGGCCACCUGUCUGUACCGUCGCGGCCUGUGCGCCUGUGAGGAGAUGUCUCGCGUUCAGCCGGCUCGGCUGGCACAGCGUCUCGGCGUGGACGUUGCCGUGGCCUCCGGUCUGAUGAGCCGAUUGGAUAAGGACGGUCUGCUGAAGCCACUCUCCAACAGAUCCAAGGGCACCGUUCGUGUGGUCGACAAGGAGCGACUGCUGAACGAGGCGUUCCCCCGCUACCUGAACCGGCCGGCCCCGGCCGCAGCGCACCGACCCGCCGGCGGUCACCAGGCGGUGGACGAGAUGGCCGAGCGGGCCGGCAGGAUGGAACUGGACGGGCCGGAGGACGGCGACCACUCUCCGCCGGCCACACCGCGCACCGGCCCCGCCGGGGACGGGCCCGAGCCGCGCUCUGCCGGCAGGAAGAGGCGGGCCACGCCGCGCAGCCAGCCGGACAAGGAGUUUGAGGUGGCCGACUCUCAGGAGUUCCGUCCGGAGACGGUCGGCGGACGCGCCAAGAAGUUCAAGGCCUCCCGCACGGACGGUAUCGCUGCCUGAGACGGUGACCCACGGGCCCACGGCUCUCAUCAGUCGUCUGCACACGGUCAGUCCUGCCGAGAAGGCUGGGGAAGAGUCUCUGAGAAAGCCAGAGUCAAGUGUUCCCCGAGACGACCAGAGGUGAAUCUAGAUAGAGGUACCGUGACUCGGACAGCGAGAGAUGACUUGACUCUGGAGUCGUCCCCCGGUACGUCCAGACUCACCGGCUCGGCACUCGUUGGGGUGACCCCGAUGUCCCUUUUCACAUAGCUGUGAUGGGUGACUGUGGAUUGUGUCCCCGUUUAGCAGAUUAUCAUAAGCUUGCUAUGACACAGCCAUAUCGUUAGCUGUGACUCGCCAGUUGUGGAGUUCCGUUUGCUGACUGCGUUGAAGUCGAAGUGCGUUGAAGAAUCGGUAGCUCGGUGUUUGUGUAUGUUGUUAAAGAGUUCGCUGUUCGUUAUUGGUGGGUAAGUUGUACCCCUGUUGUGUCUGUCUGUUCGUUAUUUAUAAAGUGCCCGCUCAGGACAGUCAGCAUUGUAAAGUGGCUGUGCAUUUUCAUCGCUCGCCGGAUAGCUCAUCUCUCACUGACCAUACCAUGUCUGUCAAUCACGCCUCAUCAUUUCGAAAAAUACAUUAUCGUUUCGCAUA